AUGGGACGACGGGCGGACGUCGACGGUGGAAGCGACGUCUCGGUGGGCUCGAGAGGGGUUCGAGCGCGGGCGACGUCGACGACCACGGAGUCGUACUCGUUCUUUGACCUCGCGCGGGCGGAGUUUCCGGAGGAUUGGAGCGAACCGGGGGUGCGGGUGCGGUACGAGGACGGGGCGUUGGAUUUCGCCGUCAUGGCGUGGUUCAUGCGCAAAAUCGGAACGGCCAUCAACGCGCCGCCGCCGGGAGAGAUAUCGUACGACGCGUUCAUCGCGCUGUGUUUCUUGCAGAUGAAGGGACGAGACGCGAAGGGGAUGACGGACGUCACGUCUGGGGUGAUCAGAUCGCUCGUGCCGCCCGGGGGAAGCGCCGUUUUCAAAACGCUGUUUCCGCUGAACAAGUUUUCGUGUGAGCUGAACGCGACGAUCACGAAGAUCGUUUUCGCGUGGAUGGUGGGACCUAUGACGGUGGAGACGACGAUGGAUAAUGAUCUCGGGAUCGAGAUGGCGUCCAAGGUGCACAUCAAGAAGUGUCGUUGGCUUCAAGAGAGCGGUUGCACCGCGAUGUGCGUGAACAUGUGCAAGUGCGCUACGCAGGAGGUUUUUACGGACGAUUUCGGCUUACCGCUCACGAUCAAACCGAAUUUUGAGGAUAAGAGUUGCGAUUUUUAUUUCGGUCUCACGCCGCCACCGGUGGAGAAGGACGAGGCGCUGUUGUUUGGAUGCAACGCGGCGUGCGCGACGGCGGCGCCAGACUCAGAGGGGCGUCCGUGCCACAAGCUGCGUCCGUACGAAGGUUAA